GUUCGAAUGUCCAAACAUAUCAGUUUUAUGGGUUCCGGAUGGUAAGAAAAUUAAGAUAAAAUAAAAUAUAAAAAUUCAUAAAAAUAAAACCUCAACCCAAAAUAUAGAUCAUGCGGCAUCUUCUCUCUCAUCCAUACAUCAAUUUCUCAAUAAUAAAACUAAAGGGGUUUAAUUACUCAAAAAAAGAAAUAAUAACAAGAAUUUAAAGCUGUACUCUCAGCUGAAAUCCGGGAAGAGGCCGUAACUGUUUGCAUGCGCCGUGCCUCACUAGGCCACUUGCUGCAUCGAGAAGACAGUGACCCUGCAGUAAAAGCCGAAGUGUUGUUACUGUGACAUAGACUAUCCUUCUCUCUAGUUACUUAGCAACUAAGUACCUGUGUCUCUCUCUCUCUCUCUCUCUCUCUCACUCUCUUUCUCUCUCCUUCAAACCUAAUCGACGGCAAAAGAAAUCUCUAACUCAAGAAGCAAGAAGGAAGAAAACGAUGAGGCCAUCUUCUUCGGUAGCAGCAGCAACAGCAAGUGGAAGAAGUGGCAGUAGAGGGAACGGGGGCGUGACGCCAUGCUGCAGUAAGGUGGGUAUGAAGCGAGGGCCAUGGACCCCGGAGGAGGACGAGGUGUUGGUGGCAUACAUCGCUCGUGAAGGGGAGGGCCGCUGGCGAACACUCCCCAAGCGUGCGGGCCUCCUACGCUGCGGAAAGAGCUGCCGGCUGCGCUGGAUGAAUUAUCUGAGGCCGUGUGUGAAACGUGGGCAUAUCGCCCCCGAUGAGGAAGACCUCAUCCUUCGACUCCACCGCCUCCUCGGGAAUCGGUGGUCCCUCAUUGCCGGCAGGAUCCCGGGACGCACCGAUAACGAGAUCAAGAAUUUCUGGAACACUCAUCUGUCAAAGAAGCUCAUCUCUCAAGGCAUCGACCCCAGGACCCACAAACCGCUCUUGCCUUCUUCUCCUCCUGGCCCUCUUCAAAACCCUAAUAAUAAUAUGAAGAAUGUAAUCCCUCCUGUGGUUAGAAGCCCUCAAAUUUCUCAAAACCCUAAACCUCCUCAUGCUUCCACCCAUUUCUCAGCACCGCUGUCACCUUAUCCUCCUGAAAACCCUAACCCUGAUGGCAACUGUGAAGGUUUUCUGGAAGAGAGUGGGAGUGGAUCGGAGGUAGGAUUUCAAUACUCUUACGAUGAUGAAUUUGACCAUGAGGUGACGACCAUGGCGACUGAGAAUGUGUUUGAAAUGGGAAACCCGAAUAGCGAUGGUAGUGGAGACAAUGAGUAUAACUCCGAGGACACGUUCUCAUCCUUCUUGGACUCUCUUAUCAGUGGUGAUGAUGACUUCCUCUUGCAGGAGCAACAACAGCUUAUGGUUGCACCGGAGAUGACGAUGAAUGCAAGUGAACCUCAAUGUUCUUACUGGGAUCGCACCUUAUUGCCAACACCGCUCAUCUCCGACCAUGAGGGUCCUUCCACUGAUAAAUAAGUUGGGUUCUAGCAUCUUCCUUUUUCAUGAGAUCUGCAAAAGCAAAUAGUAUGGUUGAUGAUUUAAGCAUCUUCAUGGUCCAGUAGAGGCUUGUAUUUGAAUUAUAUUAUGGCUCCUAAUAAUUUUGAAAUUUGUUUUAUUUCGUUUUCAAAGAGUGUAUGUGUAUUGGGUUUCUGAAUGUCGAAUGCUUGGGCUUGUAAUUCACUUGAAGCAUUGUAAGAUUUCACUCCUAUCUAAUAAGCAUGGUGGUUUUUAUCUAA